CAAUCUCGACCACUCCUUCAACGUCACCAGAUACCACACCUUUCAAGAGACGACAGUUCAACAACAUGCCAUCGCGACUGACUCGUUCAACGGUUAUGAUCUGCGUCGCAAACGGGAGGGAAGACGGGUCUGGAGUUCCGGCCCACAAGAUCACUCAGCGGACACGGCUCUGGAGAGACGCACAGGACGAGGUACCUGGAGGCGGGAAAACAGCGCUUCAUCCCCAAAAGGGCACCACGACCGCUGCACGCGGCUCCGCUCCUACAACUACCAAGGAGGAGAUGGCAACCAUAUUCUGGGUUACGAAAGCUGCAUCAGUAAGGCCAGAUUCACAGCCACUCGAGCGCCGUAUAGCCCCGCAAGGGUUUCGUCAACGACCGUUGUUGCAGAUGCUAGGUUCCUUUGCCCCGCCUUCAACAUGGGUUGAUUCCCAACGGUAUCGGGUCAAAUUUCAAGUCCAAGCAUUUGCUAACCCAUUUGAUCUAUGUCCCGUUGGGUGUGGCUGCGGUUGUGCAUUCGUUCAGAGCCUCGGCACUCUUCAUGAUCAGCAUUAAUCCAGCUACUUUCAGUCUCAACCCUCGUGAAUUACCCCUCGACGACGAUUAGUCAUUGGACGAUUCUUGUCAACAUGCAGCUAUUUUAGAGGAGGUGGGUUUAGAGCCGGACCUCACCCGUGACGGGAAAUGACCACCGCCUCUUG